AUGCGCGUACCGUUGACAGCCGCCGGUUGGUGUUGUUCCAGCUGUGUUGUAGACUCAGGGCAUAUGUAGACCAGAGGCCAGCACAUCAGUUUACCUCUACAGACCGCUGACCUGCACCCAGCCGAGGAGGUCAGGGAAACGAACAGAGAGCAACACAGUGAUUGAUGACAAAGUGGACUGAUAGGAGAUGUGUGCCGCUAUCUACAUAGUGUCUACAGUGACGGGGUAUGUGCUCACCUCGGCCCUGCUGCUCAAAUGUCCAACUCUCCUGCACCGGAGGAAGAGGGAGAGGUUCCUCAGCAAGCACAUUUCCCACCGUGGAGGCGCUGGAGAAAACCUGGAGAACACCAUGGCAGCUUUCAAACAUGCUGUGGAUCUCGGCACAGACAUGCUGGAGCUGGAUUGCCACUUGACGAAGGAUGAGCAGGUUGUGGUCUCACAUGAUGGCAACUUGAAGAGGGUUUGUGGCAUCAAUGCUAACAUCAGCGACCUGACAUAUGCUGAACUUCCCCCAUAUCUCUGCAAGCUGGGUGUAACUUUUCAAAGGGAGUGUUUCUGCGAGGGCGGUGAAGACAAACGUAUCCCACUCCUCAGGGAUGUGUUUGAUGCCUUCCCAAACACUCCCAUCAACAUCGACAUCAAGGUCAACAACGACACACUCAUUAAGAAGGUUUCUGAGCUGGUCGUUAAGUACGACAGGGAGGAUCUGACUGUGUGGGGCAACUCCAGGAACCAUAUUGUCAAAAAAUGUUACAAGGAGAAUCCCCAUAUUCCAGUUUUGUUCAGUUUUCCCAGGGUGCUGCACCUUCUUGGGCUCUUCUACACAGGCCUCCUGCCCUUUGUGCCCUUGAAGGAGCAGUUUCUGGAGAUCCCCAUGCCCUCCCUGCUAACUAAACUAAAAGAUCCCAGCAGAUUAACGCGGAGUCAGCGAUUGAUUGCCUGGCUUGCAGACACUUUGCUGAUGAGGAAAGCUCUUUUCCAACAUUUAACUGCCAGAGGAAUACAGGUGUACAUUUGGGUGCUGAAUGACGAGGAGGAUUUCCAAAGGGCGUUUGACCUGGGAGCCACAGGAGUGAUGACAGAUUUUCCCACCAGGCUCAGAGAGUUCAUGGAUAGGAAUGGCAUUUCUAAACCCCAGUGACCUGCCAACUCCUACCUCUCUGCCUGUCUCCACGGUCAUUAUCCUUCACGCUCGCUGACCUGCCAAACAAGCUCCCCACAUUCACCCACUUUUACUGCACGCAUUCCUGCAGACCUACUUCCACAUUGUGUUGCACAAGUAUGAGACUCCAUUGACUCUCCUUGUAUUGGGGAUGUCUACUUUUAUAGUUGUAGUAAAAGGAAAAUCCCAAGAAGAUUUUGUUUGAGUUGAUACCAAUUAUAAGAGUUGUCAAUAUAUUCAUCAUGUAGCAACAGCCGUGUUAGAGAAUUACAACUAAACCUGGUAUUAAGCAUGUUAGUGGUUACAAAAAGCUACCUGGAAUGGUUGCAUACCUUCAAUGCUGAUUUAUGGGGUUUAUACAUUUAACCCAACAAGUCUCUGAUUAAUUUGACAAAAGCCAUUUCUUUUCUUACAUGAUACGUGGAUUUGGAUAAAACCCUCGUAAAAUGUGAAGGGUGUUUAUGAGCUAUAAAAAAAAAAAAA